UCCAUCGAUCCCGUAUUACAGAAAAUGAGAAAGAGGAUCUAAAACCAUUCCCAGAUCGAGGCGUUUCCGCUUAUUACCCUGACCCGUCGUAAUAUCACUAAUCCCUCGUGAUUAGAAAUGCCCUCUGAAUAAUCCCUCGGUCUUUACCUGACUUUACAAUGGACUGUGAAAUUUUCCAACCAUUACCCCCAAACUGUGAAAUUUAAUCUCACAAGGAAUAAGAUAACUAUCAACUCAUCUGUUUUCCUAAACAAUGAAACACGGAUGUCCAAAAACUCACGCUCGUUAAAUACUUGAGCACUCGUCGCACUCAUCACCAUUUACCGAUUUUGCCCGAAUACAAAUUCGAUCACAAGUGAAUCUCACAUUUCUCUGUACAUUUUAAACGAGAAGUCAAUCGAAUAAGAUGUCACUGAAUCUACUGACGGUAUUGCUGAUUAUAUCUGCGGCAUCAUCAUAUGAACUCACAAGCAAUGGACUAAAAAUUUACCAUCGCGUGCAGCACCAGUCGCAUCUAAUACACUAUCCAAUUCGACGUUUGAGACUACCUGUAUCAAACGUCCUGAUAAGUUACACCGGCACCGGACCUUGUUACGACGUUCAUGAAUGCUCUUUACGUAUGACCGGUCUGCGAAGAUAUCACACUGAAAUCAACAAUUGGCCGAGCAUCGGAUACAACUUCUUAGUUGGAAGCGAUGGCAACAUUUAUGAAGGUUGUGGUUGGGACACUGAAGUGUUCCAUGCAUCAGAUUCUCCUACACAGUACCUUCUGAUUGGCUUGAUCGGAGAUCGAAAUCAUGUGAUAAUAAAUGGCAAUCAGCUUCGAGCUGUUCAGAAACUACUAGAGUGGGGAGUGCAUGAGGGAAAACUGUCGAGGGAUUAUAGAGUUGACGGACAUAGACAGAAGACUGAAAUGAUGAAUCCCCAUGACGGAAUGUAUAAGAAUGUGGACAUGAUCCCACAUUGGCAUGGCCAGCUAUUCACUAGAACAUUUUACCUAUUGACAGUAGCCGCCUAUUAAAAUCGAGGAAAACUUUGAUCGCAAUAUUACAAUUGAUCAUCGAGGAAAACCUAUGAAUUUUCGCCUACAGGAAUUUUUUAUUUAUAAGGAAAAUGAAAUAUUAAUGAAUUGUGUUGACGUAUGCCAGUAAAUUUCAAAGAAUGUUAAAUAAGCAAUAAAUCAACCGAGGACAGAAA